UCCACCGAGGCUCAUGUACAAAAUGUAAGUGCAACGCCCUCUCUAGAAUGUGGUCCUCAGUCUUCAGAGCCAAACUGCGAUUGCACAUGCUCCAAUGGCAUUCAAUUUAACCAGCCUCUUUCCCUUGGUUCGCCUAGAAGUCGUAUUUCGGAUGAUUGUCAGACUGAGAGAGGAGAAUGUUUGCUUCGCGAACAGCAACUUGCAAACGACUUUAACAGACUCAAACUAUCCUACACGAUGAAAGAA